UGCAUAUUUUAUUCCUCUAUCUAUCAUUGAAAGGGUUGUGUCUGAUUGUGUCAGACAGAAGUCAAGUUUGUGAGUUUUCGUCUCCAAAUUAAUUAGUGGAUAAAAUUAAAAUGAAUUAAAUUGGCACACUGAACAUAGUUUAUUAUAAUAUCUAAACAACAAGUGCAUCGAUAUUCACAUUUACUUUCUGUUGGAGUGUGUACUUUCAUUGAAAUAAAUCACAAUUUGAGUUGAAGGCAAAAGUUUAUAUCUACAAAAAUGAAUCACGAAGAGAAUAGGAUCAUGGCUCACCGGCAGCAUGUGAAGUACUUUAUGCGAUUUCUGAAUAUUUUGCCAUCGUCGUUGUCAUCUCACGAUACUACAAGAGUAACAAUUGCAUAUUUUUCCGUGUCUGGUCUGGAUGUUCUCGGUGCGAUAUCAUCAGUAUCUCUAGACCUAAGAAAUAGAAUAAUAGAAUGGAUUUACAGGCUACAAGUACAUCCGGAUAAAAAUAAUGGCGAUAUGUCAAUGUGUGGCUUCCAAGGUUCGUCCACAGUAAAUAUAGACUUGGACCCUCCAAACAAUCAUUAUCGAUGCGGACAUCUUGCUAUGACGUAUACAGGGCUUUGCAUCCUGCUCGCACUAGGCGAUGAUCUGUCGAGAGUGAAUAGGAAAGCGUUAGUUGAAGGUGUAAAGGCACUUCAGACAGAAGAGGGUAAUUUCGCAGCGACACUCUCUGGGUGCGAAUCGGACAUGCGUUUCGUGUAUUGUGCGGCGUGCGUCAGUUAUAUCCUCAAUGAUUGGUCCGGAUUCAACAUUGAAAAGGCUACGGAUUAUAUCAUUAAAUCUAUUGGCUACGACUACGGAAUAGCUCAGUGUCCUGAACUAGAAUCCCAUGGAGGCACCACAUUCUGUGCCCUUGCGACGCUCAGCCUCACAAACCAACUCGACAAGCUAUCAGAAGAACAAGUGGAAGGACUCAAGCGGUGGCUUCUCUUCCGACAAGUCGACGGCUUCCAAGGAAGACCUAACAAACCCGUCGACACCUGCUACAGUUUCUGGGUAGGAGCUUCCUUAAAAAUACUAGACAUGCUACAAUAUUCCAACUACUACGCAAAUAGGAGAUACGUCUACGAAACACAAGAUACGGUCGUAGGAGGUUUCUCCAAGUGGCCCGAUACGUGCACCGACCCCAUGCACACGUAUUUAGGCCUCGCAGGACUCAGUUUGAUAGGCGAAAACGGCCUCCUAGAAAUAGAACCCAAUUUAAACAUUACCAAAAGGGCGUACGAACAUUUAAAAUCUUUGCACGAAAAGUGGGACAGUGAAACUAAAUUAUGUGUUUUAUGAAUACCUUUCAUGUGGGAUAUAGUUUGUUUUCUAAUUGUGAGUGACGUAUUAUUGCAGUUUAAUGUUUACUUGAGUAUGUGUAUGUUUGAUAACGGCGUCCGAUUGUAGCGUUUGUUAGAUAGCACAGCUAGUAACGAUUUUAAAGUUAUCGUAAAAUUCUGCACGAAAGGACCAAGUUUAAUUGUUAAUUAGAAAACGAACAAAUUUUUAUAUAUGAAUACAGUAAAUUAUUUGCGCUUUGUGCCUCAAACAUUCAUAAUUAGAAAAUGGCUACCCAUCAGUCUUUUUGACCUAAGAGAACUAUGAAUUUAAGUUACCUACCGAAAUUAUCGUAGUUUAAGUUUAUGAAAUGUUCAUUAUGCUGAAGUAUUAUUACUGUUGCAUAAUCCUUUUGUAUAAUAUUGUUAGUACUUAAAAAUAAUGUUUAUGAAUACUAGGUGCUAAUACUUGAUUAGGUAUCGGGUACCUAACGGUGUCAUUGAAUGGACAACGAGUAAAUAUUUAGCGUUAUAGUACAAUAUGAGAAUUUCUCGCGACGUGCCAUGAGCAGUUGAGUAGUUAGGCGGUUAUCAAAUUAUUGCACAAAAAUGUAAUUUUAAGCUGUUUUAUUGUAGUUGAUUUAGGGCGCAGUCACGCUUCACCAAACCACUGCCUGAUAUAUACCUAAAUAAUGCAUUUAUUUCACAGUUAAUAAUUUUCUUAGCCAUUAACAGAAAUUAAGGUUCCCAUGUAUUUCACACAAUUGCUCAAAUAAAAAAGUAUUUAUGUAGCUAGGUUUAAUUAACACUACCGUAAGUGGACCCAAUUAAUGUAAAUUCGGAGAACUAUUUUUGUCGUCAAUUACAUCAAUUAUUUGGUGUUUACGCCUUUGUAAUGCCUGCUGUGGCUGCGUCCUAAUUCGAGUGCGGUCAAAAACUAUGACUUGUAUUGUAUUCGAAUUUACAGUGCGAUCGUAAUUUUAUUGAAAGGAUGUAAAGACAUGGUGAAGUUAGCGGUUUUAACUCGCGUUUUACACCUGUAUUCAAGAACUACUCUACUUAUGUAUAAGGAAUUAAAUACCAGGUAUUAUUUUGACCCGAAAAUUAACCAAUUACUAAUUUAUAUUCGGCCCACCUAUCCAUCUUCUCAGCCAAGUAUAGCUCGAGUAUUUAGUAGUACCUACAGCAAACGUCUGGUCUUGCCAAUACGUGAAUGAUAAAUUGGAAAAUUCUCGUUCUAAUCACAUAGUUCUUGAAAACGGGUGUUUAUAAAUACAUUCAUAUCAGAUUUUUAAUUAAAUCUUCAAUUAUAAAUGCUUGUUAAAAUCGCUAGCGUGAUCCAAGCCUUUUUAUAAUAAAACAAAAUGAAGUAGUGUUACUAAAUUAGGUACAUCGAAAUUGUUCGCAGCAAAUCGGUCAAAAGAGGUUUUGUUAUUUUGUUAUAAGAACCAGUUACUUCGUAAAUACCAGCGUAUUUUAUAUGAAUAUAGCUGUAGAAAAUCAUUUUGCACUGUAUCCAGACGGUAUGCGGUUUUUGCAAUGAGAUUUUUUCCAACACAAAAAAUAGGAAUCUAAAAUAGUACUCAGAUUUUCUUUAGUUAUGUAAAUUAAUAAUUUCAAGUUAUCAUCAUCUGCCUAGCCUUUUUCCAACUAUGUUGGGUUCAGCUUCCAGUUUAACCGGAUACAGCUGAGUGCCAGCGCUUUACAAGGAGCGACUGCCUAUCUGACCCCCUCAACCCAGUUACCUAUAAUAAUUUCAAGUUAUGACGUUGUGAAGAUAUUUUUCAAUAGAAAUGUUUACCCAACUUUACCGAAAAGAAGGGUAAAGUUUUUGGUUAUUUUUAAUAGUCUAAAAAGUUAACUGUUUUGUUGCUAUCUUUGACACUGAUUCUUGUCGAGCAAGUAUUGCAAGAACUAUGCAAAUUAGAUUUUUUAUAACGUUUUUAAAAUAUGUAUUUAGUGAAUUUAUAAUUUAUUUAUUACGGUAUUUUCUUGGCUGUCGGUACGAUACUAAAAGAUCUUUUAGUCGCAAAGUAGUUUUUAAUUCUAAGUUAAAUGUUGCAAUGUGUUCCGGAGCACUUAAAAAAUUUCGCACCUUUUCAUACACAGCUUAUGAUUGAAGUUCAUCACAAUUUUCCUCUUCAAAUGGAUAAUCUUGAGCAAUUCUAAAUAAUACAGGGUCCUUCAAUGUUUAACACAUUUGUCCGUUUUUAUGUAUAAAAACUGACAUUUUAUAUACUUACUUUUUUUCAUAAAGUUGUGUGUGUAAAGGUCUGAAAUACUAAUAUAAUACUUUUUAAGUGUUGCUUACAGCUUUUAUACUGAUACCAGUUUAUUGUUAUAUACAACAGUUCCUUAUAGUGAGAUGAAUUAAAUUAUCUCCUACCUCUUAUUUCAUUGCAAAACUUGAACGGUUUAGAAAAUUAUUUGUAUGAUACUUUUUUUGACAAACCUUUACUGGGCGAUGGACAAAUGUAAUGUAUAAUAGUUUUCUUAUUUUCAAUUCAUAAUAAUAAUAUACAGAUGCAUAAUUGUGUUACAAUUAUAAUACUUAUGUACCUAUUUUAAAUUUAGUUUCAUCGCGUUUCAUGAUACAUAUGUCAUUAUUUUUUAGUAGAACAGAAUUUUGGUAUUUGUAUAUCACGUGCUUACAAAAAUUUAUAUUAAAAAAUAGGGAAAACCCUAUUUUUAUAUUUUCUCAUUUUAUUAUAUUUUCCUCAACAAAAUGCAAGAUGCAUGAUCUACCAGGUUUGCCCUUUGCAGAAGUUUUUUAUCGAAUGAGGAAAAAUAUUAAGGUAUAUUUGAGUGUCAAUGUCUUGUGAAUAAUAUUUGACCUUUAUGAGAUUUGCUUUAUUGUACGACAGUUAGGUACAGUACCUACUUACGCGGACAGAAAUAUUCAAAUUACUUUAUUAAAACUUCAGGGAAAUGUGUAUCUUAUUGCCGCAAGUUAAGUUUCAUUAUUGUUUGCUGCCCCAAAACAGGUUGAUAUUCGAAAUGACCACUUCUGAGCGAGAGAUAUAAAAUUAUCAGCAUGAUAAGUUUAACUAGUACGUACUUUUCUUGUCUUCUACUAGUCAACAACGGGUGGUAGAGGAAAAUAGACUUAAGUGCUUUAUACUUAAGGCUCACGUUUGUUAUUUAAUUUUAGUUAAUUCAGGUAAAGGUUUGUCACUGUAAAUUAAAGGAACCGUGUUUUAAUUUUGUGUAAAUUAUUAUGUAAAGUUGUAAUAUUAGUUUUAUUGGAAAAAAGUAAUUUGAAAGUGUAAUUAUGUCUAUUUUGAGCAUUUAUUUCGAUUUGU